GGCGGCGGGGAGGGGGGACUCGGCCGCCCGCCCCCCUCCCCCGACUCACCGUCCGGGGCGGCGGGAGCGGCCGGGGCCGCCCGCAGGGGGAGGGCCCGGAGGUCACCGAGCCCCUCCCGGCCCGGGCGCUGAUUCGGUCGCACCAAAAGUGUCCCGGCCCCGUCCCCCCUCGCUGCCCCCCCGGCGUGUCCCCCCCGCCCCGCCGAGCCCCGCGGGAGGGACCGCCCGGGCCCGCCGGGCAUCGCCCCCCUGACUCCCCGCGAGGGACCGGGCAGAGGGUCCCCCGGCCCCCCGGGCGGGUUUGUUGUCCUGCGCCGCUGACCCCCGGCAGAGGCGGUGACACAUCAUGUGCCAGGCGCAAUCCCGGUGGAUGAAGGAUGCCCCCGGGAGCUCUCGGUAGGCACCGAAGGCCUCAAACUUUUGUAGGCGAAAGCGAAGAAGUGAGAAUUGUCUGGGAAAGCUCCUUCAAGGAAACUUGGUUCCAGCUCCCCAACGGCUGAAACACCCCCCAGCCCGUGCUCCCGGGACACACCUUCCUCAGCCCGGCCGGGAAGGAUGAGCUCCUAGGGAUGGAAAGCCACGAGAGGGACUGGGAGUUGGUCUGGUUCCACGGGGUGGCCUGACGGCCCGAGGAUGACCUAACUGGGCCCAGUCAAGGCCAGGUGACUGGGAAAAGCCCCGGCAACGGGACCGGGCCGGAGGCAAAGCGAGUCCCAAACUGAGCGUGUCCCAUCACACAUUUAUGUUCUUUUUCAAAGACGUUCUGGAGCCAGGCCGGGAUCUUUGGGCAUCCAACUGACCUGGAAGCAGCUCUUAGGAGUAAAAAGGGAGUGUUGGAAACUUAACAUUAAACAGGAUUAAAGCCCUAAGCGCUUAAGGGGAAAACAGGUUAAGGAACUUAAUCCAGGAUGGAUCUGCAGGAGCCCCAGCAGCUGGGAAUGUUUGCGGAGGGCGAGCUGAUGUCGGUGGGGAUGGACACGUUCAUCCACCGCAUCGACUCCACCGAGGUCAUUUACCAGCCCCGGCGCAAACGGGCCAAGCUCAUCGGCAAGUACCUCAUGGGAGACCUGCUGGGGGAGGGCUCCUACGGCAAAGUCAAGGAGAUGCUGGACUCGGAGACCCUGUGCAGGAGGGCUGUGAAGAUCCUGAAGAAGAAGAAGCUGCGCCGGAUCCCCAACGGGGAGGCCAACGUGAAAAAGGAAAUCCAGCUCCUGCGGCGAUUACGGCACAAAAACGUCAUCCAGCUGGUCGAUGUGUUGUACAACGAGGAGAAGCAGAAAAUGUAUAUGGUGAUGGAGUACUGUGUGUGUGGGAUGCAGGAGAUGCUGGACAGUGUCCCAGAAAAGAGGUUUCCAGUGUUUCAGGCUCACGGGUACUUUUGUCAGCUUAUAGAUGGCUUAGAAUACUUGCACAGCCAAGGGAUUGUCCACAAGGAUAUCAAACCGGGGAACCUCCUGCUAACAACCAAUGGGACACUAAAAAUAUCCGAUUUAGGCGUAGCAGAGGCAUUGCAUCCGUUUGCGGAGGACGACACGUGCAGGACGAGCCAAGGGUCGCCAGCAUUCCAGCCCCCAGAAAUUGCCAAUGGCCUUGACACCUUUUCAGGCUUUAAAGUCGACAUCUGGUCCGCGGGGGUGACGCUAUACAACAUCACAACGGGUCUGUACCCUUUUGAAGGGGAUAAUAUCUAUAAAUUAUUUGAAAACAUCGGGAAAGGCGACUACACAAUUCCAGAGGAUUGUGGUCCUCCACUCUCGGACUUAUUGAGAGGGAUGCUGGAAUACGACCCAGCCAAGAGGUUCUCAAUACAGCAGAUAAGGCAGCACAACUGGUUCCGGAAGAAACACGCUCAGGCCGAGGCGCUGGUGCCGAUCCCGCCCAGCCCCGAGAGCAAGGACCGGUGGAGGAGCAUGACGGCGGUGCCUUACCUGGAGGACCUGCAUGGCUACAACGAGGAGGAGGACGAGGACUUGUAUGACAUUGAAGAUGAUAUCAUCUACACUCAGGACUUCACAGUACCAGGACAGGUGCCUGAGGAGGAGGCCGGGCAGAACGGGCAGAGCCGUGGCAAGGGGCUGCCCAAGGCCGUGUGCAUGAACGGGACGGAGCCGGGGCAGCUGAGCACCAGGGCCAAGGGCGAGCGCCGGGCCAGCGCCUCCUCCAACCCCUCCCGCAAGGCCUGCUCUGCCAGCAGCAAGAUCCGCAAGCUCUCCACCUGCAAACAGCAGUGAGCUCUGCCCAGCACCCCCGGGCCCGGGCCUGCGCCCCCCCCUCCUCGCCCCAGCUCUGCCUCUCUCCUGGGACUGGACUGUGCUUGCGAUCCAAAAAGAAACCAGAGGAAACCAACCAAGGCCCCCCUUCCCUCCCUGCGCCCCCCCUCCGGCAGCGCCAGCCCCGGGGCCGUGUGCCCGGACCCCCGGACACCUGGAAGUUGAACUUUGUGGCUGCCAGGACGCUGCCCCCCAAUCACUCUUUGCCAAUCAAGACACUGAUUCUGUUUUUAAUUUUGCGAUGGGAAGGUGGGAUGGGGGGGCCGGGGGGUGGGACCCCCCCUGCCGGGCCCCCCCGGCCGUGUAGAGUCGUGCAAAGCCAUUGCCGUGCACUUUAUGUUUUAGACUACUGUUAUAUAUUAUAUAUUUUCCUCUUUUUUUUUUUUUUUUGUUUUGUUUAUAUUUGCGGUAUAUUUAGAGAUUCCUACACAUCGUGAUGUGUUAAAAUAAACCAGAUGAGGAAAAAACCCA